CAAACUUCCUCAACAGCCACGAUGACCCCAACUCGCAGUCUACCACGUGGAGAAGAUGCCUCAGUCCUGGGAAGUUGGAAGCACGACUCUGGGUAUACUUUGCCUGGUACACCCAUAUCUUGAUACCACACUAUCUUGACUUCCUACGAAUCGCCGAGACUUUGGGAGGAUGCAGUCCAGACACUAUCAGUGCUUGCACAGGAUUGGUUUUUCAAGUAUCAUGACCAUAUGUAUCUACCCGACGAGGACGAAGUUGCGCACCUCAAGUAUGGCUGUCUCCCCGAAGUCACCAUCUCUUCCCUCACCGAGACCGGCCGAAUGGAAUCUUCAAUACAAGUUCCACUGCAACGGCGCUACACCAGUAGAAAGCCCGUCAUACCAUCCUCCCUCGCCAAUACUCCCUGCGCUGACCUCGGUACCGAUGGUCUCUUGGAUUUGCUCAACACCACCCUCGGCACGUCAUACGCUCGCAAUACCACAGCCCUAUCCUCUCUUCUCGAAUCCUACAUCACGAGCAAUUACGACUUUGGCACUGCGUACGCCCAUCUCCGCCCGAGAUGGUAUGAUGACUUGACCACUAUCAAAGUCAAAUUACACUCCCGUGAAGCGUUGGACAAGGGGAUGCGACAAGAUGUACUCGUCGAUAACAGGAUCAUCGAACCUCGUGUGCCCCCUCGGCGUAUCUGGGAUCUAUGUAGUAAUCGGGUGGUACCAUGGUGGAUCAUCCGCUGGAGGCCGUGGGGGAUAUCCCAUGCAUGGAUGGACGAGAAGGACCGUAGCGAGGUGUGGACGCCAAUCAACGGACGUGAAUGGCCCGUACCCAUCCCGAACGAUGCAAACCUUGAUCUCAUCCGGAUCGAGAUGCUCAACCUGGGAGCAGAGUACGUGUGGCUGGAUGUCCUUUGUUUGGGGCAGAGGGGUGGGGGGAAUGACAAUCUGCGCAAGGAAGAGUGGAGGCUGGACGUGCCUACUAUCGGAUGGGUAUAUCUUCGUGCGAACAAGGUGGUGUACUACUUGAGUGGGCUUGGGCGGCCUUUGGGCUUUAAGGCAGGCGACUUGGGGAGCGAUCGGUGUUGGUUCAGACGGGCGUGGACGCUACAGGAGGUCAGCAAGAACUCGGUCAUCGCUGGAGAUACGGGCGAUGAGGGAAACACAGUGGAGGAGGACGUCAGAGCAAGGUUUCACGAUCAACUGUCGUCGCUGGAGAGCAUGCGAAGUGAUCAUAGUGUGUUUGAUGUCCUAUCACGCAUGCAGAACCGGGCGUCGACCUAUCCUGUAGAUAAAGUGGCCGGGUUAGCGCAUCUUCUACAGUCAUUGGAGAUACCGGCGUACUGCGGGACGCAGUCUGAAGAGGGUGCUUGGACGGCGCUGGUGAAUUUGAUGAGUAACAGGUCCCAUCGGGGGCAGAUGUUUUUCCUAUACCCCGAACCUGGGAAUGGAAACAGCAGAUGGAGGCCGUCGUGGAAGCAGGUCAUGACUGAAAUUCUCCCAUCAACAUAUAAAACCCUGCUUUUUGAUGGAUGUCUACCGCAAGGGAUGGAGGAUGCUGACCAGUAUGAGGGAUACUGCAUUGAAUCCGCCUAUGUGCGAGGAUUGUCCGAGAGAGAUCCACAAGGGCAGCCCCGACGAGGAGAGUUCAUUGCCAAAGACGGGAACGGGACGAGCCAUACGUUCGCCAUAGUCGCUACCCACCAGUACCCAAUACCCGAUGGCACAUACGCACUGAUAUGCAGCGAUCCCUACGAUGGAAGUUCAUACAAAGAAGGGACAUAUGAAUUCGGCAAGCAAUAUUGGGUCGUCGGGAAAAGUAUGCCAGGGCAGAGGUUUGAGAAAGUGUCGGUGUUCGAAUUGAACGGCUCAGAGCAAAUAAAGAGGGCGGUAGAUCCAGGUAUCCUUAAAGCCAGACCAGGAUUCUAUUCUUGUGGCGGGAUUCUUCGUGAGGGUGGUUUUUAUAGCCGGAUUUGCUAUACCUAUCUCGUCUGAUACGAGUAUACUUUUACGAUAGUUUUAAGCCGCUUUACAACUUGAACAACUGGCACUGUCCUGUAGUGUGAUGACGUU